GAUGGCUGUAUAAAAUGCCUGAAAGUGUAUAGAUGUAUUUGUUUACAAAGUUUUAAAUUUAUUUCCAAUCGUAAUAAACUAGUGAGCACAAAUUCAGUUCCUUCCUUAUAAUCAUUGUCGUUAAUUAAUAAAAGUGAUAUGUAUUGUGUAUAGUGUAAAUAGUAUUGAACUAUUAUUUUAACUUCUUAAAAAGUCGUUAAAAUUUUGAAAUUUGCACUAAUUUUCGAUAUCUCUUAUUAUUUCGGCUGAAGGUCGAUGACCCUUUUAAACCUUCAGAGUUUCGGUGGUUUUCUUAAAUUUUAAACAACUAUGCCUAAAAGGGCCGCUGGACCUGUUCCUUAUGAAUUGCCUAAGAAAAAGUCAUCAGGAAAUCUCUCAAAUAAUGGAGUAUUAAAACAAGGAGAAUGCAUCGUAGAUAAUGCCGGUAAAAAGUGGAAAUUAGGUAAAACUAUUGGCAUUGGAGGCUUUGGAGAAAUAUAUGAUGUUUCUGAACAUGGCUCGAAUAAAGAAUUCAAUAACCAAAGUUUUGUGGCUAAAAUUGAAAAGCAUACUAAUGGACCUUUAUUUGUGGAAAUAAAUUGUUACUUGAGGCUAGGAAAACUUAAUAUGAUUCAAGAAUGGAAGGAAAAUAGGGACCUCAACUUCUUAGGACUUCCCUAUUUUGUAGCCUCGGGUUCACAUUAUUCGAAAGGUGAUAAAUAUCGGUUUCUUAUUAUGCCAAAGUACCACCAAGACUUGGAAGCUAUUUUUCAAGUUAAAAAGCUUUUUAAUUUGAAAACUGUUCUGGUCAUUGCUACAAGGAUAAUUGAUACGUUAGAAUACAUUCACAGUCAUGGAUAUGUUCACUCUGAUAUUAAGGCCUCCAAUAUUAUGUUAGGACAUAAUCAGGUUACCCACAAAUCUAGAAAUAGAACUCCUGUUAGGAAAUUACCUUGUCGAAAUUUAAAAGGUCUUGUAAGACCAAUAGUUAGAACUUGUGGACGUAGUUUACGUCCAAUAACAAACCAUAAUUACAUUGAUGACAUACCUUAUUUAGAAGAGGUUUUAAAAGAAUACGAGUCUGGUAGAGAUGAAAAGAAUAGAGUGCCUAAACUGUCCAAUCCCAAACACAAUAGCGAGUUUAAUGGUGAUCCUAUAUAUCUACUUGAUUAUGGUUUAGCAACAAAAUAUCUUUUAUCAAAUGGAAAGCACAGAGAAUUUUCUUCAGAUCAAAGAAGAGCUCACGCUGGGACGGUUCUAUUUUGUUCACGUGAUGCUCAUAAAGGGGUUCAGUCUCGCAGAUCAGAUUUAGAGUCUCUAGGCUAUAAUAUGAUUUAUUGGCUUACAGGUACGUUACCUUGGAUCGAUGACAUCAAUGAACCGGAAAUUGUAGAAAAGAAGAAAAACAAAUUUUUCACAGAUGUAAAAAUGUUUUUGGGAAUUUGUUUUGAAGACUGUCCAAGAUUUCUGGUAGAGCUUUUUGAAAAUCUUAAGGAUUUAAAAUUUCAGGAUACUCCAGAUUAUAACUUCUUUAGACAGUUAUUUAAGAAAACUAUAAGAGAGUAUGGAUAUAAAGAUGAUUCUAAAUUAGAUUUUGAUAAUUUGGAAGGCUGGGGAAGAAAGCAAAAGAAGACUGGAAAGUGUAAAGCAAAUAAGAAGGAGAACGUGAAAAUUUUUAAGAGACCAAGUCUUUUAUUGUAUAGUCCUCGUCUACCUUUAAGUUCUAAUAUUAUUUUUAAAAGACCCAAACUAAGGAAGAAAAUCAAGGAUAAGUUGGUAGAUAAUAGUAUGAUGAAUUGGUCAAGAAUUUUAAUGGACCCUGAGACUAUAAUUAAACAAGCUCAUCGCAAAACUGCUGAUGAAGAUCGUGGUUUUAAUAUAUGUGAUAUGGAUAUAGAUAGUCUAAAUCCCACACCUGCAAUGAGAGAUGUAUUUAAUAAGGUUUUAGACAGAGAGGAUAGGUCACCAUUUGGAAGCCGAGGUGAUGAACCCUACUGCGGGGAUGAUAUCGAAGGAUAUACGCCAGAAAUGAUGCGUGUAUAUAGAAGGAUGAAGGAGCAACAGGAGAUUGAGUUUGAAAGAGUUGUUCAACAAAGUCUGUCCACAAAGAAGCGCAAUAGGAAAAGAGUUAAACGUUCAGAAUCUCCAAUUCGAACGGCAAAUAGACAGACUAAAAAUGAUGGACCUGCACGAAACAUUCAACCACUGAAGAAGGUAAAAAGUAUACCCCUAAAACGAACAUAUAGCUUAAGGGGUUAAUUAUAGAUAUGUACGUUCUUACUGUAAUAAAUUAACUGCAAGACUGGCUUUUUAACGUUCAUAUUUUUGUAUGUUGUUAGUUUUUUUAUGCGUUAUUGAAUUGAAAAAAAGGUAAAUUUACGUUCCUGUUUGCCUAUUUAGUAUUUUUUGUAACUUUGUUUUUAGUUAAUGUGGAGUAGAUUAUUAAUGGCUGUGGUAUAAAUACACAUUUAAAUGAACCUUUCUGUUAUUCCAAUCAAAAUCGAAUAGAACUUUAAAGCUACUCCAUAUUGUUUUAAAUUUUGUAUUUGUAAAUUUCUUUUGUUUUCUUUAUAAUGAGGUGGCAAUUAUUGUUAUAAUUUGGUAAAUUAAAUUUGUUUUGUUCUGUAACUUUAUUGAUUUCAAAAGUAUUAAGUAGUUAAUUAAUUUUUGACAAUGCCGAAUCGAAUAUUAGUUUAUAAAUUUUGACACAGUUAUUAUAGAUAAUGUAGUUGUAAAUUAAUCAAUGUAAUUUGAUUACCUAGAAAGAAAUCUUAUAAAUAGUUACAACUCGAUUACUUUAUUAACAUUUGUAUUUAUUUUGAAAUUGUUCUGUUACGUAUACUUAAGAGAAGAUUGAUUUUUGGGUUACCAAAAAAUUUAAAUUUGGUAUACCUGGACUGAUGUGUACAGGACAAAUAUGACAUAUUUACAGGAUGGGUGAGCUAUUCGGUAGAUUAAUAGUUGAAUAGACGUCGACACUGCAAAUACAAAAAGCUAUAAUUAGCCAAAUUAAUGAAUAAAUAUUCUUAAAUUAGAAAAAAUACAAUACUUGGUAAGGAACAUUACGUGAAAACUAGGGAAAUUUCAAAAGUGUAGUGAUUUAUUUCAAUUUGCUCUACAUCAAAAUGACAGUUAUAGAUACUAAUGUUUAUAGUAUACCCAACGUCAGAAUACAUGGAGGAUCUGCCUUUUUAAUUCAUAGGCAAAUUAUAUUUUCUGUCAUUUUUUGGAAAUCUUCCCUGACUAGUUGGAAAGACUAAAGGUGGUUAAAUUAGGUGUAACAGAUAUGUGUGUAUUACAUUGUCCUGUAUGUAGAGGGGUUUAAUGAAGACCAUAGUCCUGUACAAAAAUGUUAAUUGAAAUUUGAUUUGUUCUUUAAUUUUAAAUUUUUAAUAUGACAAGUAGACCUUUAGAAAUUGUGUGUUUUCUGAAUUAUGCAGGGUGGGUCCGACUUGGAAACUUCAGCAGCAUGUUUUGCAGAUAAAAAUAAUUAAAAAAGUUUAUAUAAAUUUAAGUCCUAAAAUGCUUAGUUUAGGAAAUACAGGGUGUGGAGGUUUCAUUUUUAUUUCGAUUUUUUCCAAAUAAUUUCUUAACUAAGGUCAAUAUUUGUAUGAAAAUUGGUGUCUUGAUGUUUUUUGACAUGAGAAAUUUGAUUUCGAUAUCAACUGUUAGUGGCGCCCCUUAUAGGUAGUAGUCCUAUUGACAUAUAAAUCAAAUUUUCAUAACAAAAACCGCCCAGAGACUAAUUUUCAUCCAAAUAUCGACCUUAGUUCUAGUUAAAAUAAAACCUCUACAUCAUGUAUUUCCGAAACGAAAUAUUUUAGGACAUACAUUUAUACGAACUUUCUUACUUAUUUUUUUCAGCAGCAUAUCUGCAGAAGUUUCUCGAAUACAUUCGGACCACCCUGU